UCCCUCUCCGACUAGUCUUGUGAUCAGUGUCCAAAAGCUUCUAUAUAAACCGUCGGCGGCAGCCCUUCUCCCCACACACUUCCGGUCGAGCGCAGAAGAUCCAUCCAGCUCAUGGCGCGCUCAAUGCCUCUCGUGGCAGCUCUGCUCCUGGUGUCGGCAGCCGUGCUGGCGGUGGCGCCACGGACUGCGGAGGCGUUGGCGUGCGGGAAUGUGGUGGCGUACCUGGCGCCGUGCAUCCCGUACGCACGAGGCGUAGCGAAAGCGCCAACGAUGCCGUGCUGCAACGGCGUGCGGAACCUGAACGCGGCUGUAAAAUCUAAGGCCGACCGGCAGAUGGUCUGCACCUGCCUCAAGUCCACCGUCGCCUCCGUCAGUGGCAUCAAUUUCAACAACGUCAGUGGCAUCCCUGGCAAGUGCGGCGUCACCGUCCCCUACCCCAUCUCCACCUCCGUCGACUGCAGCAAGGUGGAAUAAGAACCUUGCGAGGAAGGUGAAGUGGUGGACGUACACUACGUUUUCCUGGGUUAGAAUAAUAAUCAGGAUCUGGACAUGUCUACCUAUUGCCUUUAAUUAUGCGUUUUAAAUUAAUUGCUUGUGUCGUCUACGGUACGUUCUGCGUAUGACACUGUACACGCAUGUCUGCCGGCAGUGCAUGGUACGUACGUAUUGUAAUAUCAUGUCACACGAUAUUUAAUUCUAGUCGUCUUCGUGUUGAUGUUUA